AUGUCUUUAGAAACUGGAAUUUUAUCAAAAUUUAUAUACAUAACAUUUGUGGUAUUACCAUUAUCUCUUCUAUUUACUGGAAUGAUUGCAACUAACAACUUAUGUUUAAAAUAUGUUGGUGUUGCAUUUUAUUACAUAGGACGAUCAUUAACAACAGUGUUUAAUGUUAUUUUCACAUACCUUAUACUUGGUCAAAAAACUUCUACAAACUGUAUUGCAUGCUGUGCAUUUAUUGUGAUUGGAUUUUGGCUUGGUGUGGAUCAAGAACAUGUUGCAGGUUCUUUGUCUAUUCUAGGAACAAUUUUUGGUGUACUAGGAUCAUUAACACUUUCUUUAUAUUCUAUUCAUAUGAAACAAGUUCUUCCUACAUUAAACCAAGAUAUUUGGUUACUCUCUUAUUAUAAUAAUGCAUAUGGUAUUAUUAUAUUUCUUCCACUAAUGGUGGCUAAUGGAGAACAUAUUACAGUAUACAAUUAUGAUAAAAUUGGAUCUUUAUAUUUUUGGUCUGCUAUGAUCAUUGGUGGUAUUUGUGGGUUUGCUAUUGGCUAUGCUACAGCACUCCAAAUAAAAGUAACAUCUCCUUUAACACAUAAUAUUAGUGGAACUGCUAAAGCUUGUGUACAAACAGUUCUAGCAACUUAUUGGUACAGUGAAGAGAAGUCAUUCAUGUGGUGGUUAAGUAACUGUGUUGUGCUUGGUGCCAGCGCAGUGUACGCUAGAUUAAGACAACUUGAUCUAAGUAAAGAAUAUAAAGAAUCUAGAGAAGAAAAACAGCUGUUGAAAGUGUGA